GCUGUCUCCAAACGGUCUCUGAAGUCUGAAAUCCGCCGGCCAAAGCAGAGAAUUAGCCGCUAUUGUCUUCCGAUCAUCCGGCGGAAGCCGACCAGCAGACAGGAAACUAGCUCCGAAAUCCGCCGUCCAAAGCAGCGAUGAUUUCCGCCGCACUCACAGUUCGAUUCCCGUGAUGAAUUUCACCGCAAACAGACACUGUUCAUCUUUUUAGUGCUUCCACCAUGGAUCUCAAACCAUUCAAAUUAGACAUAGACGAGAUUAUAGGUGAAUUCUCUGAGGGAGGAUCAACAUCUCUUGCCGAGAUGAAGAGUGUUUGGCUUUCAAAAAAGUUCACCUAUAUAUUUGAGGCAAGUCCUUCCACAAACCAGGCAUGCUUUAUGCAAUCACUCUUUGCUUAUUGCAUAGGUAGUCUUGAGAAGAUGUUCUUGCUGCUAUUCAAUUCUUAAAGUAACUAUGGUGAAAGUAUGUAUACUGACUUGAUUGUCAUUUUAAACUCUGAACUUUUGGAAUGAAGGGACUAGGGACCUGAAUGAGCUUCAUAGGCUAUGUGGUGUCUACUCGCUCUCUUUCACAUAGACUGGGUGGCCUUUAUUGCUUAUAUUGCCUUUUUGAGACGCAACCAUUCCGGCCUCCUUUCAAGAUAUACUUGUCUCUUGGAGAAUUGAAGAAGCUACGGACCCUUGUUGCAGAUGCAAAAGCCAAAAGCAUUGAAGUUGUUUGUGCUUUAGUCAAAAGCAUGUUGGAUAGGAACAUGUUCCUAAUUGGGGUUGUAGAUAUAAAUGAAUGCUCUGCAACAGAAAGAAUAAAUGAAGUUACAGAGAUACAGAAUGCCAGAAUCCGAACAGCAUAUGAGAAGCUGUUUGCGAACACAAAAAUUGAGCUUUUCACCCGUUUGGACAUGGGAUUGGAACUUGAUCUGGAUUCGAUCAAACAAAGAUCAACUCAAUAUGCAAUGGCCAAGAAACGAGCAAUUGAAGGGGCUAGUAAAACAGUCGAUGUUGAGAACAUAAAACACAUAGCUGAGAGAACGAGGUCGGUUGGAGAUGCAUUGGAGCAGAGUGCUGCAGAUUGGAAUGUGCAGAAGGAAGCGUUUUAUCAACAAACUGGAUAUCGCCAUCAACCCACCUCAGAAACACCUCCACAUCAGGAAGAACAGAUUCAAGCUUAUAAUAAGGAUGUAGAGGAAGAAGAUGAAUUGCAGGAAGAUAACGAUGCGGACUUCACCAAAGAACUUGAAGAUGCCCUUUUCUCCGAACAGCUUAUGAUAGAAGAUGAGUAAGACCUCGUUUGGGGGCAAUGUUUUCGGUUAGCGUUUUGAAUCAUGGGUUCAAAUUAACUUUGAAAAAUUGCUAAAGCUAAAUUUUGCCGUGCGGUUAGAUAGCUAUAGUGAGACUGUAAAAUAAAGGGUAAACUGCAAGUUUAUAGGAUUUUUCAAUGCUUUUUUCUAUGGACCAUGCUAGGGUGCCACC